AAUUGUCUUAUCUGUUGAAGGUUAUCAUAGUCAACUGGACUCAUAUACACAUCGCGGUGGAUGACCGUCCACCAAUGGGCUCAGUUCUGCUCAAGUUUUCUGCCUGUUAAAGGAAGUUUUUCCUUGCCAAGUGCUUGCUCAUGGUGGAAUUGUUAGUAGGUAAUGUUAUAAAGAGUACGGUGUAGCCGUGCUCUGAAAACUGAAUUAUAAACCUCUCAUCCAAGAGGCUUCUUCAGUUCUAACUGAGAUGGGGAGUCCAGGUGGGGCUGCUGAGUGCAGGUGUGGAUGGGGGUCAUUAAAGUCACCUGUGGGUCGUUGAGGACACCUGUGGGUUGUUGAGGUCACCUGUGGGUCGUUGAGGUCACCUGUGGGUCAUUGAGGUCACCUGUGGGUCGUUGAGGACACCUGUAGGGACUCCGCAUCAGUCAGUUCUUUAUCCGUUUUGGGCGGUCUAUUUGAUAUCAGCAGCUAACAGACAGGAAUGUGGAGAGAGAGAAUGACCUGCAGCAGAGGGUCGUGAGCUGGAAUCAAACCUGGGCCGCUGCAGUACGGAGCAGCUGUCUCAAUCUUAUUAAUGCUUGUUUACUGUCAUCUCCUGUUAAAUAUCUGAAUGUCUACAGGAUAGAUUGGCUCAAUCAUGGUCCCCAGAAGUUGAACCUAAACGUUGAUCCCCUGAUUUUGCCUCUGUGAGCUCAACAUUUGUAGUUUUAAGUAAUAUUUCCUGCCAUAAAACAUCAAUAACAUUCCCAUCAGCCCCAGUCAUACUUUGUGUUUGGUGCUAAUUAUCAGCAGGCUAACACAUACACUGGAGUCAGAUUGGACAAUAACACCGUCCAGCUUCACAAACUCAAAGAUCACACAGCUCCACAUCCGUCCUGUAACAUGCACACAUGCCAUAAAGACACAUAACAGUCCCGCCCCCCCUCGGUGCCCUCGGAUGGGAUCCACGCCAGCAGCAGCUACAGCAGAAUGUCAUUUGAAGCCGGGCGAGCAGCCGGUGUGUGCAGGCAGCAGCUGCCCAACAGGAAUACUUGAGGCGGUGCUGCAUGUCAUGAAAUCCUGAAUAAAACAAGUCAGGAACGAAGGAACAGGCUUUGUUUGUGUCAUGGAGAAACUCUGCAGCCACAUGGACUUCAUGUGUUAAACCCUCUGGAUCAUACAUGACGGGAAACUUCAGCGUGACUGACAGGAAACAGGAAACAGAGAUGGUUACUGGUUAAUCACACGGUGCAUGCUGUGUUUCGGCCAGUCGGCCUUUUUCCGCUUCAACCAUCCAGAGGAGGCUCUGCGGAUGAAGAGCAUGCUGCCCGGAGGACCGAGCGCCCCGAGGACUCAUCCGACCGACUCCCCCAGCGUCCUGAACGGGAACCAUCAGUCCACCAACAGAGACUCCAAAACCAACAACAUCGCAAAGAACCUGCAGGACUCUUUGGUGCUGAAGGCCUCACCAUCGUCAUCAUCAUCUUCAGGAUCUCCAACGAACAUGCUCAAUGGAAGAAACGGCUCCAUGAAAGAAGACUCCAUCUAUGAAAACAGCAGCAGCUUUCAGGGCAAGAACCUUGGCAACAAAACCCCUCCAGUACCAGCCCGGUCCACUCUUACCAACCACAACCCCGUCCCCCAUCCACGGACAUCGCUCUCUGUGGCCUCAAGCAGUACCAGUGGUGGUCAGCGGGCCCAGGAGAGCCCGAAGCUUCUUAGGAACAUCAGAGCCGAGGCCAGGUCAGAAAACUCUCACAUACCUGUCAAGUUUUCCCCGACAGCUCCAUCGAGCCCUCGAGUGAGAGGUUCCUCCCUACAGAAGAGAUCCCCCAGUCCGAUGAGAGACCAGAACCCGUCUCAUGUUGACGUCCCUCAAAGGCUCAGGACUCCAGAGCCGACCGGGACCAGCAGUCUGAGAGAUCUUCCUCCUCUCAGCCCUCAGGGUCCUCGCAAACUCAUGGCUCCUUCAAAAGCAGAAGCCAUGAGGGCGCUGUACGCCCAGAGUCCAGCAUCACUCGCUGGGCUGGAGAAGGAGCCCGGAGGCCGGCAGUUUAAACCCGGACCAGGUUGCUCUCUGUCGGGUUCGUCGCCUCUCGCUAGCCCUCAUAACCAAAGAAAGACCACGACGGGAUCCAGCAAGGAACCGGGUCUUAUCAAACCAUAUACCCGGGAACGUAAAAACAGCAUCUCUGAGAUCAGCGACAACGAGGACGAGCUGCUUGAGUAUCACCGCUGGCAACGAGAGGAGAGGCUGCGCGAGCAGGAGAUGGAGAAACUGGAGCGACAGAGGCUGGAGACCAUCCUCAGUCUGUGUGCCGAGUAUAACCACGAGGACCGAGCGGUGGAGCUGGCGGAGGUGGUGAGGAGCGGGCUGCUGGGGGGCGCUACAGGACCCUGCUCGGACGCCGGAGGAGGGAUGAUGUCCCUACACCAGAGGAUGAGAGAGAACGAUGAGGAGACCCAGAGAGAGGAGUCCAGCAGCACCGAGAGCACACAUCAAGAGUGUGAGGAGCUGUUAGCCGGGCAGGAGCAGGUCUACCUGGAGGAGGAGAGGAGCCGGAUCCUGGCCAGGGUGGAUGACCUGAAGCAGAGAGUGGGUGAACUGGAGAAGCAGCUACAAGAGACCAAACAGGAGGUGGAGAUGGAGCAGGCCCUGCUGCAGGCGGAGCGGCGGGCCGAGCAGCAGCAGGUGGAGGCUGAGAAUGAAAUCAUCGCUCAGCUGCAGCUCAAACUCAGCCAGCUGGACAAGAUCACCCAGAGGGAGAAGGACAAGGGGAGGGCUAAUGUGUCGGCUGAGCGGAAGGUCCUGGAAAAGCAGAGGAAUGAGUACAAUGAGCUGAAGAGGCAGUUUGAUAAGUGCCCCUUGUCUCUAAGGGAACAGUUACAGGAGCAGCUCAGCAGGAAAACUGAAGCUCUGGAAGUCGGGACCAAGCAGUUUGAGGAGCUGGAGUUCUGCCAGCUGGAGGAGGAGAGCAGUCUGGAGGAGAAGAAGGAGACCCAGAGCUCGAAGCUCCUCGAGGAGCAAGCCGAUUAUCACUGCAGCGUGGCCCAGAGGAAGGAGAGGAUCGGCGCUCUGGAGGCUCAGGUGAAGACGUUGGGCUUACAGACGGCUCAGGACUGUGAGCGGUUGGCUAAAGACCGGAUGCUGACUCUUCAGCUGCUACACAAGGAGCAGGACCGGUUGUGUGCUCUGGAGAAGAAGUACCACAUCCUGACCGGAGGGAGGAACUUCCCGAAAGCCAACAGCAGCAUGAAAGAGGACUGUCUCCACAUCAGCGAACCGGACCUUGUUUAUGAGGACGGUCCUCCUCAUAGCUCCUUCUCCUCCUCUCACAUCCCCUCCCCUGAACUCUGUCCUGUUAGACUACAAGAGGAGUACCUCCGGCUCUCUGACGUCUUUAAGAUGUAUGGAGGUGCUUCUCUGCCGCCUCGCUCUUCUUCCCCCGCCGCUCUCCACUGCCUCUCCCUCGCUGUCGCUCCAGCUCUGCCCUGUGAGGAGUACAUCACAGUCAGUCAGUUAAGUCAGAUCUUUGGGAUGCAGAGAGUCGACACCUCCUCUUCCUCCUCCACUCCAUCAUUCCAGCUCGCCUCCUCUGGCUCCUUCUCAUGCCACUCGGCUCCUUCCUCCUUUCUCUCUGCUCAGAGCCAGCCUGAUCUGAGCAGGAAUGUAAUGACCCCCAUUAACCUCGAGCGCUGGUACCAAGACAUCAUGGCUGCCGGAGAGCCUCCGUCAUGCCCUCCACCGCUGCCUGCAAAGUCUUUGUCCACACGCAGACAGGGACAGCUGCUGAAGUCCAAAUCGGACGGCGAGGUCGGACAGACGUCGUCUGCAGCAGCUCUGCAACACUCGAGUGAGAAAAACUCAUCGACAGCAACGACGAAGGGCUUACAGCUGAUGCUCAGAGAGAUGUCCAACCCGUUGGACGGUGACUCCAGGAGGCCGCUGGCUCUGCAGACUAAAGAUCUGUCUCCCACCGUCCAUCACUCCAUCCUGCAUCACCAGACGCCGCCGAGCGGCAGCCAGGCGUACGACACGCUGAGCCUGGAGAGCUCCGACAGCAUGGAGACCAGCGUCUCCACCGGCAACUCCGCCUGUACCCCGGAAAGUGCCUGCGGCUUUGAGGCCCAGAGGAUCGAGGAGAUGGAGAAGAUGCUGAAGGAGGCGCAGCAGGAGAAAGCCCGGCUGAUGGAGAACCGAGAGAGGGAGGUCCAAGCUCGGCGGCAGAUGUUGGAGGAGGAGCGGCGGAGGCGAGAGGAGGCCGAGAGGAGGCUUCAGGAUGAGACGGCCCACAGGCAGAGGCUGGUGGAGGAGGAGGUGAAGAUGAGAGAGAAACACUUCUCCCAGGCUCGUCCAAUGACGCGCUACCUGCCGAACCGUAAGGAGGAGUUCGACCUGCGCGCCCACGUGGAGUCGUCGGGUCACAGCAUCGACACCUGUCCUUACGUCAUCCUCACCGAGAAGAUGUGCAAAGGUCACCUGGUGAAGAUGGGCGGGAAAAUCAAGUCGUGGAAGAAACGCUGGUUCGUUUUUGACCGUCUGAAGAGAAACUUCUCUUACUACGUGGACAAACACGAGACCAAACUCAAAGGGCUCAUUUACUUUCAGGCCAUCGAGGAGGUUUAUUACGAUCACCUGCGCAGCGCCACAAAGAGUCCAAACCCAUCUUUGACCUUCUGUGUGAAAACCCACGACCGCCUGUACUACAUGGUGGCCCCGUCCCCGGAGGCCAUGAGGAUCUGGAUGGAUGUCAUAGUAACGGGUGCCGAGGGCUACACGCAGUUCAUGAGCUGAGGGACCAGCGAGGGCGGGGAGGGGGCGGCAAGCGGGCACCCGGACACCUGAGCCGGAGCUCGAACCGACGGUGUGACGGCGCCUGACGAGGGUUUGACAGCCGAGCCACGGACGGUCGACAAACAUGAACUCUGACCUGCGGAGCUCUCGACCCUCCAUCGAUGCCUUUUCUGCUUCUUUUUUCUACGUUUCUACUUUUUCCCAGAUAAUCUCUUUAAUAACUCAAAGUCCAUUUUAGCAGCAAAUAUAAUAUAAAAUAUUUUAAAGAGUUACUUAUUCAGUGUUUUUACAUGUUCAUAUCACAUUUAUAUAUAUUGUUUAAAGGCUUUUCGUUCAGACACUAACAACACGUCUGUUUGUGUUUUACAUGAAAUAUGUUAAAGAAAAGCUUCCAUCCAUUUGAACUAAAUUCAUAAAUUAAAGAUAACGAUCCUGUAAAAUGUACAUCUAAUAAAUAAAGACAUAAAUAAAUAUGAUGCAUCUGACUCCAAACCAGCUCUUUAAUUAGUUUCUACAGAGAAGUUGUUAAUUACACGAGCGUCCCUUUAAGACCCUGCUGUAUUUACAUAACGUCAGGUGGUUUAAUGAGUCAAUUAGCUCGUUAACUCUGGUGAUCUAUCAAAGUAUUGAACUUGUGCAUGUACUUCUGGCUGGGUGUAAUUAAUUACGUGGCUCGCUGUGCAUGAGGUGAGCACGUGACACGCAGGGGGAAAAAAACAUGCCGUGAAAUUACACGCGAGUUAACACACGUAUGAUUCAACAUCCAGAAAUUUGAAAACGGAGGAAAAAAAGUCCCCAAACGAGUCGAAAAUAUUUCACAGGAUAAUAAACACACACACAUGAAGGUAAUCAUGGAAACACACCUUUACGCCUGACAGGCACCAAUUAGACUCAACAUGUUGUGUUGGGUGAGACAGGUGAAGCCUGCCUGUCUGUCUGACAGCUUCCCGUCUCACUGACCUUGAGAUAAAUUCAGGGUCUCUGAGCUGAAUAACAAACAGAUCUUAAAGAGGGCGGCGAGCUUCGUUAACGUGCUGAUGAACGUGAGUGAUGGUGAAAUAUUAACGAGCAGGCCGGCCCGCCCGAGGCCCGCACACACAAACACACACUGUGAAUUAAAAACCAGCCUCACGUGCGUUUUGUCGAUUUUAACGGGAGAAAUUAAGCUCGUCUGAAAAGUUGUGAUGAAAUGGAGACGUCUCAUCGCCUGUCAAACGCUGGUAAAGACAGUUUUCACAUGCACGUGUGAGUUCAGAGUAAUUUAGGAGAUUAAAGAGCAACAUAACAUCAGCUCUCCUCCUCCGACACUCACACGUCUCACAUGAAAGAAGCUUUCACCAAACUUUCCUCUCUCCAUGUUCACGGCUUUGAACGCAUCCUCUGCGCUCUCUUUGAAUUCAAUGUGACAGCCGUUAAUUCAAAACAGGCUGCAGAAAAUACACAAAUCAUUAAAUUACAAUACGGCCGACGUGUUUUUUAGAUUUCAUGGCAAGCACAACAGGCGUGUGUGAAAAACAUCCAGAGGGGGAAUAAAGGAAGCGCUGACCUAAUGAGGACGACACGAAGCAGAGCGGCUUAUUGUUCUUAUCAAAGUGAGUUUCUAAUAAUGCUGCAGCGUGAACGCUCACAGGAAACACAGGACGGGAUCCAUGACCCAACCUUUGACCUCAGGAGGUUUGUGUCUGUUAGGAAGAAAUGAAUCAAAGAGUGAAGAGGACGCUGACGGAGGAAGCUAAGAAGAGA